UCAGGCAUGAGAGCCUUUUUGCAUAACCAGUAUGAUAUCACCCCCACCCUUUAAUGUUUGUUUGUUUGGUUUUGUAAGUUACUUAUUUAUUCAUGAGAAAGGCACUGGGUGGGUGGGAAGAAGGGGAGAGAACCAGAUGUCACUCUGGUUCACAUGCUGCUGUCUGUCCAGGAUCGAACUCCGGACCUCAUGCCUCAGAGUUCAAGGCUUCAUCCACUGCACCGCGUCCUGGCAGGCGUGUCUGUUUUCCUGGUUGUGAUCUUCCGCCUGAACUGUUUUCAAGACCUUAGACAAUCCCUGCACACCGGAGCUAAGAUGAAAGAAGACUUUCCAUAAUAAGGACCAAGGUGCAGUUUAUCUUAAGGAAGCACUGACACUUGUGUCAACAUCCUUCAAGAAUAAAAAUACUAUAAAAUGGAACAACUAUAUAUAUUAUCUGAGGAUGAAGAAGAGUCAGAACCACAGAAAAGUCUAAAAGAUACCAAACAAGUGGAUGAUGAGGACUCCGAGCUGAUCUUUGUUGGAGUGGAACAUGUCAAUGAUGAUGCUGAGCUGAUCUUUGUUGGGGUAACUUCAGAUUCAAAACCAGUUGUUUCAAACAUUUUGAACCGAGUCACCCCAGGUUCAUAUUUAAGAAGGAAAAAGCACAGUCGCCUCAGAAAAAAUAGUGCUCAUAAUUUGCAGCCUAUAUGUCACAUGGUCCCAGCAUCAGAAGCUGUCACUAUCUUGCCAUUUUCUGAACCUGAGUCAAGAUCAACAGGUAGUCCUAUCAUUAUUGAGCCUUUGUCAAACUCUGAUUGUAAAAAUAACUCACCACAAGUUGUGCCUAAUAGCUCUCUAGAGUUAUGUUCUCCGCUGGCUACCUUAACAAGUUCAGUGCAGCAACCAGAAGCUCCAGAAGCAGCACUUUCUGCAGGAAAACUAAACAAAAGCCUACAUAUAUCAAAGCGACUUUCUACUUCUGAAGGAAACAAUGUAAAUCCCAAAAAGCCUAAACUCAGUGAUGGAAUCUUAGGGGGACAGUCUUCAGCUCUGUCCUCUUCAGGUAUUGCUAUUCAACAAAACAUACCCUCAAAUGGUACUCAUACCUCAGUAAACUCUGUUCAGAAUGGAGCACCUUCUCUAGUAACUUUGCCAAAGGACAAUGUGUGCUUUAAGCCUAUAAAUCCUGGAAGGGAAAAGAGACGUGCAGAAAUAGGCAUCUGGAGUCCAGCAAGUCAAAAUGGAACUUUUGCUACCAGCCAAGGCAAUCUGACUAUGUUACUUCAUGACUUUUACUAUGGAUAUCAUGAAGGAGAUGAACAACCAGAAGAGAAGACUCAUACCACUUUCAAAUGCCCCAGCUGUUUGAAAUCCCUAAAAAACAUCAAGUUUAUGAAUCACAUGAAGCACCAUUUGGAACUUGAGAAGCAGAUUGGUGACAGCUGGAAAAACCACACCACCUGCCAGCAUUGCCACCGCCAGUUCCCCACUCCCUUUGAGCUGCAAUGCCACAUAGAAAAUGUGCACACCGCCCAGGAAGCCGUCCCUUUAUGUAAAAUUUGUGAAUUGUCAUUCAAAACUGAUCAAGCUCUCUUAGAGCACAUGAAGGACAAUCAUAAACCUGGUGAAAUGCCCUAUGUGUGCCAGGUUUGCAAUUACAGAUCAUCAACCUUUGCAGAGGUGGAAACACAUUUCAGAACAUGCCACAAGUACACUAAGAAUUUGCUCUGUCCGUUUUGUCUUAAGAUUUUCAAAACUGCAACACCAUACAUGUGUCAUUUUAGAGGACACUGGGAAAAGACUGUUCAUCAGUGUUCCAAGUGCCGGCUGCAGUUUUUCACUUUCAAAGAGAAAAUGGAGCACAAGACUCGGUGUCAUCAAAUGUUUAAGAAGCCCAAACAACUAGAAGGAUUGCCUCCUGAAACAAAAGUUAUUAUUCAAGUGUCACUGGAACCUGUUCAACCAGGAUCAGGGGAAGUAGCAUCAGUUACUGUGAGCACCUCUGAUGCUGAAUCAUCACUCCCAAAGUCUAAAAAUAAAAUUUCAAAAAAGAACCAUUAAUCUUGGUGCCAGAAAUCUAAAGUAAGGAAGUUAAAAAUCCCAUAAGAACAAAAAUACUUUGAAAAAAAUUAUUCAAUCACAUCAAAAUAGUGAAACUAAUGAAUUGUUUUAUGAAGUUUUUUUCUUAAUUGAUGACAUACAAAAUGUUUAAAUUUUUUUAAAUUUCAUUUUAAGAUGUAAUCCCUGGUUUAUCUAACUAGUUGGCUUAGCAUAUAAAAACGUGUUUGUG